UUAGUAAUGAUGGCAAAACAAAUUACGACAGUAUUAAUAGACUUGAGCGGAACAUUGCAUAUCGAUAACACAGUGAUUCCAGGCGCUGUGCAAGCGUUAAGCAGAUUACGAAAUGCAAAUAUGUCAAUCAAAUUUGUCACCAACACCACCAAAGAGUCAAAUAAUUGCUUAUACGAGCGUCUGAUAAAACUAGGAUUUGACUUGCGGAAGGAAGAAAUAUUCAGUUCACUAGCUGCAGCUAGGAAACUAAUUGUCUCACAGCAGUUGAAGCCAAUGCUAUUAAUUGAUCCAGCAGCAAUGGAAGAUUUUCAAGAUUUAGUAACGAACGAGACACCUAAUGCAGUAGUAGUUGGUUUAGCACCGAGCAAAUUCAAUUACGAAGAAUUAAACAAAGCGUUUAGAUUGCUGUUGGAUGGCGCAUUACUCAUAGCUAUUCACGAAGGACGAUAUUACAAACGUCCUGACGGUCUAGCUCUAGGUCCUGGUGCAUUCAUCAAAGGCUUAGAAUAUUCCAGCAAUGUGAAAGCAGAAGUUGUUGGUAAACCGACCAAAGAAUUUUUCAAAGCAGCUCUAGGUGAUGUAGAUCCAGCACAGGCUGUAAUGAUUGGAGAUGAUAUAAAGGACGACGUAGCUGGUGCGCAGGCAGCUGGAAUCAGAAGUAUACUGGUACAAACUGGCAAAUAUAGAGCUGGCGAUGAGAAUAUGAUUACUCCGAGACCGGUAAAAGUAUGUACUUCUUUUGUACAAGCCGUUGAAAGUAUUCUCGAUGAAAUUAUUUGAAGAAUUGUGGUUGACAAAAUCACUGAACAAGUAGUAAUUAAAUUUUUUAUUCAAACAUUGCUGCAUAGACAAUGCAAAAUCUUUUCUAUAGUAAAUUAUAUAUUUUAUUUAAAUACUGAUUAUUUUUUAUAAUGUACAUAGUCUGGAGUGUGAGAUACUGUUGUAAAAUAGAUGAUAAAUACAAAUAGUAGAAAUUAACGCCAAUCCUUUCCUGAUAUGGAGAUUUUAUAUAUUGUUCUGCCUUAAUUGAUAUUAUUUCCAAUUAAUCGAGGUAAUAUCAAUGAUAGUGUAUUACAAAGGUAAUCAGAUAAUCAUGAAAGUAUUAUUAUUCGAGGAGGAUAGAAAUAUCGUCUCGUUGCACGCUGGUAGAAAACUGUAGAAAAUUUGACUUGUUUAGUUUGACAUUGGAAGGUUUAAUAUCUCACGUCAAAACGGUAAGACCUAUUGUACAAAGCAAUGACGACAAUUCAAUUUUUUUCUAGAGACGAUAUUAUAGUCUAAUCUCGUGCUAAAAAAUUAUAAAUUUAAUAAAUCUUUCGUUACUACAUAGCUUACAUCAUAAGUAGUACCACUGUAGGACCUGCGCUUUAAUAAUGAAGCAGGUUUACAGAAACGAAAUGCUUUCCAUCAAAAAAGUAUGGUGCACUGCGAGUAUUGUUUUCAGUAUAAAAUUUGGCACCAAUUUUACUAAUCCUUUUUCUACAGGUCACAAACACUGUAUUAUUCACAAUUCUCAAUGUAACGUCGAAGCAAAAGAUGAAAUUGAUAUUUUGAUUUUUUACACUAUUAACUCUUAACAUUAAUACUUCAAUUUUCUGUGCAUAAGUAACAUGACUGAAUUUAUCAUCCUUAAUGGCAUUCAUUGUUGCCUGCUACAAAAGAAACGAACAUGAUAAGAACUCAUGAUGAUAGUAUGGUAACAGCUUUUUUCUGAUUUUUAUAAUGUCAACAAUAAUGUAAAAAAGAAGCGAUGAUGAUAGUCAUCUCGUAACUAUGGGCUGUUUUAAAUAUCAAUACAAGUUAUAUCAAUAUAAGUAAUAUCAAUACAAGUUGAAAUGCCCCUGUAACUUAUGAUCUAUGAUCAGGCACGUCUUGAUUAUUCACAUGGUAACGAAUUUCUAAAGUGAAUAAUCUGUUCUUUCAAACAAAACGAAAAAAAUUAAACGGCAGACUGAUUAUUCUCGAUUUAUACAAGAAAUACAAUUGUAUAAAGAACACUAAUAUGUAUAGCAUUCUCAGAGAACUAUGCAAUGAACUGAAUGAUUCAUUAGUUACGGAGAAUCAUUGUAUAUCAACAUAUAUAUAUAAGUAAUAAAUAAUUUAAAUAAUUAUAAAUCGAAGACAAUUUAUUUACAAUUCUUACUUUUCGCAAUACGUCAUGUUGAGAGUUUAAAAAAUAACUAUAUUUUUAUAUUCUUUUUUACGAUUUCAUUUACAUUUGGUUCAAAAUUAUUUUAAAAUUUUAUAACGAUUUAAAAAAUAUAAGUUCACUGCACAAUUUCUUUUGCGACAACUCGUAUAAAGAUAACAAAUAAGGCUAUCUUAACUAGAAUAAUACAUUUUUCUGUCAGCCACGCAUAUAUCCUCGUUGAGUCAAGAGAAGUUUCUUUACGAAUGGCUUAAUGAUACAUAUUUUAAUGCGAAACGGAAAUAAGUAAUAGCAAAAAUAAUUUCUAACAUGUGUAAAGCAUGACCAAACUUAUCAACUCAAGUAUGAUAAUGGAUAAAAUUGCAAUUUACAUUACUUAGUAUUUUAAAAUGACAAUGAUACAUUUACAUUUACAAAAACAAAAAUUGUGUGCUUCUAUACACUCACAAUUUAAUAACACAAAUGUUAUUAUACUUCACAGACCAUAUUAAUAAAAAUUGGUACAAUUUUUUCUCGACUUAACUGUUUGCAGCAAUAGCAAAUAUUGUUAGCUUUGAAUUGUUUGCAUGAUGAGAUUUGUUAAAUUUUUAUUCAUAUGGCCUACUAUUAAUGGACAUUAUUCACAGUCGUGUUCAUGUGUACACACAUACACACACACGUGCGCGCGCGUAUAUUUUUCUAGAUUCUAUAAGCUAUAUAUAUAUAUAUAUUAUAC